UUGGCUGUUGCCUGGGAAAAAGUGCAGGUGGGCCAAAGGGGCCGACACUUUUUUCUCUGGUAUCUAGCACCAAAUUGAAAGAUUGGUGUAAGAGGUGCAGUUCCUUUCUUUUCUGGAAAAACAUCAGCUAUUAACGACAACAAAAAUGGUCUGUACAAUGGUUCUGCAAAAAGUUGCUACAAGACUUCAAACUGAGGAGAAACUUCCAGGUAUCACUGAAUAUUCGUUUGUAAGCUUAUUUAAACCAUUUAUAACAAGCUGAACAUCCGAAGCUACAUACUCGCAUUUAUAGGAUGCGAAUAGGUAUGAGAGUACCUACUCAGCACGUGGACAUCGAAACCUAAUCGGAAUAAACCGGUAAAAAAAUAUGUUUUUCCGCUUGCGGUAUUAUUUCCCAACACUCAUAAACCUGUAAAAUUCACAAAUUCGAGCCUCUUUUUAUCUCCUGGCAAGAUAACAAUUGAGAAAAUCAAACACACAUGUCGAUACGAAACGCAACCUUCGUCGCACACAACAAUAACCGAAUUCCAGCAGUUCCUCGAAGCAACCGUUCGUAAGACUCAUCAUCCGCAUCCCUCGUCCCGAUCGUCCCGUGUCCGGCCCUUCGCUCGCGCCGGGCGUCCCACAGCACCAUGAGCGUCCCGAGCUCGCGUCCGUCCAGUGGCGUGCGUCGUCCGUGACGUCAGCGCAUUCUUCGAUUCGCGACGUUGCCGGGGCUCCGCCCGCCGGCCAAUAGCUUUCCAGUCGGCGCGAAGAUGGCCAGGUGGUCACCGAGUGGGAACCGCAGUCGGUGUUUCACCCAUGACAAGUGCAAGAUGAGGAUGAGUGCUGAUGGUGCGCGCUGCGGACGCCGGAGAUGAGGUCCGCCACGGCGGCGCUGUUGCUGGGCCUGGUGCUGGGGCAGGUGGCGUACGGCUGCGGGCCGGGCAGGGGCGUGGGCCGACGGAGGGGCCCGAGGAAGCUCACCCCCUUGGUGUUCAAGCAGCACGUGCCCAAUGUCCCGGAGAACCAGCUGACAGCGAGCGGACUCACGGAAGGGAGGAUUGGCAGGAACGACUCGAGGUUCAAAGACCUGGUGCCCAACUACAACAAGGAGAUCAUCUUCAAGGAUGAGGAAGGCACGGGGGCAGACAGGCUGAUGACGCAGAGAUGUAAAGAAAAGCUGAACACAUUGGCAAUAUCUGUGAUGAAUCAAUGGCCUGGAGUUCGCCUCUUCGUGACCGAAGGAUGGGACGAAGAGCGUUUCCACUCAUCUGACUCCCUUCACUACGAAGGGCGAGCUGUGGAUAUCACGACCAACGAUCGAGACCGUUCGAAAUACGGAAUGUUGGCUAGACUGGCUGUGGAAGCGGGCUUCGAUUGGGUCUACUACGAAAGUAGGUCUCACAUACAUUGCUCCGUGAAAUCAGAAUCUUCUCAAGCAGCCAAGUACGGCGGCUGCUUCUCCGGCGAUAGUACUGUCCUCACCGCCACAGGUCGCCGCCGUCUGUCCGACCUCCAGAUUGGGGAGUUCAUUCAAGCGUUGGACUCCUCCACCAACCAACUCGUCUUCAGCGAGGUGCUACUCUUUCUCGAUUACGACCCCCAGCAAAAACGCGAAUUCCUCUAUAUCACUCUCUCUUCCGGUCGCACCCUUACUAUCACCCCCUCCCACCUCGUCCUUCUCGACGAUUGGACAGCCAAAUACGCAGAAAAAUUGCGAGUUGGUGACAGUUUGCUCGUGAGUGACUCAAAAGAACUCAUAAAGGAGAAAAUUGUGCGUGUAGAAGGCGUGUGGAGGACGGGGGUGUACGCCCCCUUGACCGCCGCCGGCACCGUAAUAGUGGACGGGGUGGCAGCGUCGUGUUAUGCUACCAUUGAUAGUCAGUGGUUAGCCCAUUGGGCGUUUUCGCCUAUUAGGCUGGCGCACAACGUCCACGAAGGGCUGGGGCGGUUGUGGACUGCGGUAAGCCGACCUUUGGGGGGCUGGACGGGGAAUGAGACGAGGGCGGUGGCAAAGCCGACGACUGGGAUCUUUUGGUACGCGAAGAUGUUGUAUAUUACUGCGGACUUUUUCAUACCUUCGCAUUUAUACGAGUGAUAUGUAAAAAAUAUAGGUUUAAGUUUUUGGCCAGUGACUUAGGUAAGAAGAGACUAGGGAAGAAGACCUACAAGUGUUCCUUAAUUAAUUUAUGCCAUGACUCGAAACAGGUUAUACUUAGUUUCUUGUUUAAAAAUGUUUAAAGAGAAUGUAUGUACUGUAUUUUUUACGGAUGUAAAUUUUUGUAUAGCGAACUUUGUUUAAAAAUUGUAAAUAAUUAUUUAUGUAAUAUAUAAUUUACUUUAUUUAUGGUGAGAAAUUUUAUAUCCAAGAUAAAAUAAAUGAUUAUGUGAUUA